AUCAAAAAGGAAAAGAAAAUUGAAACGUACUGAGGAAGGAUGUGAAGACGAAAUUGGAAAAAAAAAAUGCGAUUGCACGAAAGAAUAUCCCUCGUGCCUAUUCCAAGUCUAGGGUAAACGCAUGCUAUGAAGGAUCAUUUGCACAACUUUCUCAAAAUACAGAUUUGCACAAAACCAGAGAGAGAAAGAGAGAGGGGUCAUAGUUCCUUACGCAAUUCAGCUGCUGCUUUUUCCUUCCACAACUAUCUAUCCUCGCUAUCUCCAAGAAUCUUUCACGACAGGCCGCAAAGACUGGGUAUUUAAGAUAAUGCCAUCACAUGUUGAUGGAGAACACAGUUUCAACAGAUCCACCAGUAACCAUCAUGUCUAGUCUACUUGAAGGACUCCCUGACGCAGUUGCCCUUGGGUGCCUUGCACGAGUACCAUUCUAUCUUCACCCAAAGUUAGAGCUUGUAUCCCAUUCCUGGCGAGCUGCUGUCCGCAGCCCGGAGCUAUUCAAAGCCCGAAAGGAGGUCAAUUCAUCGGAGGACUACUUAUGUGUUUGUGCAUUUGACCCUGAGAAUCUUUGGCAGCUUUAUGACCCUCGCAGAGACCAUUGGAUCACUCUUCCGGUUCUCCCUUCAAAAAUCAGACAACUUGCCAACUUUGGAGUCGUCUCCGCCGACGGGAAGCUUUUUGUGCUUGGCGGCGGUAGCGAUGCCGUGGACCCAUCGACAGGGGACCACGACGGGAUUUUUGCCACCGAUGAGGUCUGGUCGUACGACCCCGUUAGCCGUCUGUGGGCCUCACGGGCUCCCAUGCUUGUGCCCCGUGCCCUGUUCGCGUGUUGCGUUUUGGAUGGAAAGAUUGUUGUGGCCGGCGGUUUCACUAGCUUCCGGAAAUCGAUCUCCAAAGCAGAAAUUUAUGAUCCCGAGAAGGAUGUGUGGGGUCCACUACCCGAUCUCCCCUACACUCACAACACUUCGUGUUCCGGAGUUGUUAUUAGGGGUCGGGUCCAUGUGUUGCACAAGGGUUUGUCGACUGUGCAGGUUUUGGAUGGUUUGAACCACGGUUGGACAGUUCAAGACUACGGUUGGCUCCAGGGUCCAAAGGCGGUUGCAAGGGAAUCGCUAUAUGUGAUGAGUCAUGGAAUUCUUUUCAAGCAAGAAAUAGGAGCAAGGAAGAUAGUGGCUUCAGCAUCGGAGUUCAGGAGGAGAAUUGGGUUUGCGAUGAUUGCGUUGGGGAACGAUAUUUAUGUGAUUGGAGGGGUGAUUGGGCCAGAGCGAUGGAAUUCGGGCAUCACGAAACUGUCCGAUGUCAACGUUUUAACUAUCGGAACUGAGAGACCAAUUUGGCGCCGGGUCGCUCCUAUGACAAGAUGUAAUGGAACUAUUCUGGGUUGUACACAGCUGAGAAUUUAGGUCCUGGUUUGUUUGGGUUUUGUUGCUUUGUUGUAAGAAUUGUGCUCCCUUUUUUUGUAAGCUUUCAGUUCCCUCCUACUUGGAAGGGGGUAGGAAUGAGCUUUUCACCAGCCUUGUGUUGUUUGUAAACCAUAACCUCUGGCCUUGUGAAGCAGGCAAAAAUUGAAUCUCCCUUACUUAUGGUUGUUAUUUUAUUUGUUUAUUCCUUAUGGUGGUAAUUUUAAGGAAGAUUGAUAUUUGUCCUCUUCA